CUUAUUAAAACUAGCUCCUUUAUCUUUUGCAGAUGGUACGACAUUUUAUAUUCUUUCCCUCUCUUUCAAGAAUCAUGCAGCUGAGUAUCAAUGUGACCAAUUUCCUUCUCCUUGGCUUGACAUAGGACCCCAGGAGGAAGAACAUGGUGCUUGCCAUUUUCCUGCUCUUUUAUAUGGGGACAUUAGUGGGUAACUUGCUAAUCUUUGCUACCAUCAAGACAAGUCAGGCACUUGGGAGUCCUAUGUACUACUUCCUGUUCUACUUACCCUUGUCUAACACCUGCUUCUCUACAACCAUAGCCCCCAGGACAAUUGUGGAUUCCCUGAUGGAGGAGGCCUCUACUUCUUUCAGUGAGUGCAUAAUCCAAGUCUCUGCAUUACAUUUAUUUGGCUCCCAGGAGAUCUUCAUCCUCAUCCUCAUGGCUGUUGACCGCUAUGUAGCCAUCUGUAAGACCCUUCACUUCAUGACCAUCAUGAGCCACCAGGUCUGUGGGAUGCUGGUGGCCAUAGCCUGGAUGGGAUCCUGUGUGCAUGCUUUAGUUCAGACACUUCUGGCCUUGAGUUUACCCUUCUGUGGUCCCAACAAGAUUGGCCAUUAUUUCUGUGACUUGCAGCCACUGUUGAAAAUUGCCUGUUCAGACACAUAUAUGAUCAACCUUCUCUUUGUGGCUAACAGUGGGACCCUAUGCACAGUUAGUUUUCUCAUGCUCAUGGUCUCAUAUGUCAUCAUCCUUUAUUCCUUGAGAAACCACAGUGCCGAAGGGAGGAAAAAAGCCCUGUUCACUUGUGUCUCCCACAUCAUUGUAGUCAUCUUGCUUCUUGUGCCUAGCAUAUUUAUAUAUACACGUCCUGCAACCACCUUCUCCAUGGACAAGAUGAUAUCAGUGUUUUAUACAAUUUGUACACCCUUUCUCAACCCUCUGAUUUACACACUGAGGAAUGCAGAGGUGAAAAAUGCCAUGAGGAAGCUUUGGAGCAAAAGAUACCUCAGGUGACAUAUAAGAAAUUAAAAUUUG